AUACUAUAUCGUGUACUAUAACUUCCACAUAAUGCCGUUCCAAAAUCGAUCUCCACAACCUUGCCUUUCCCUUGUCAGAAUAAGUUUUCGCAUAACCGACACCUGGGGAUAUCGCGACGAGAACGGUUCGUGGAGCGGAAUGACCGGGAUGUUGCAACGUCGAGAGAUCGACAUAGGAGGCACCGGGACGUUCUUCGUUAAAGAGCGACUUCCGGUUCUCGAUUACGUGCAACUAUACACACGAACACGAUCUCUAUUCAUAUUCCGUCAACCUUUGUUGUCGACCGUGAGCAACAUCUUCACGUUGCCGUUUCACCGUUCCGUCUGGCUCGCGCUGGGUGUGUUUCUACUGUUGGUCGUAGUACUGCUGUAUUUCUCCUCGAAAUGGGAGUAUCGUCGGGGCACUUCGGAAUAUUGGGAAUCGUUGAAUCCGGCGGAACAGACGCUCAGCGACAACGUGAUGGUCGUGCUCGGGGCGAUGGCUCAACAAGGGUAUUACUACGAGCCGUACAGGGUUCCGCCUCGAAUCGUCACCUUGAUGCUUCUGCUUGCCGCGUUGAGCUUGUAUGCGUCUUACACGGCCAACAUCGUCGCUCUACUUCAAUCGACCAGCAACUCUAUCAAGACCCCGGCCGAUCUGUUGGCCAGCCCGCUCAAACUGGGCGCGCAGGACGUCAUCUACAAUCGGUAUUACUUUACGCAGUUCCAAGAUCCGGUCCGGAGAGCCAUCGUCGACCAAAAGAUCCAGCCGAAGGGGAACAAGGAUUCCUGGAUGACCAUACAAGAGGGGGUGCACCGAAUGAGGACCGAACUGUUCGCGAUCCACGCCGAGCGAGGCACUGCUUACAAGAUCAUGCAAGAAACGUUCCUCGAGGAGGAGAAGUGUGGGAUCACGGAGAUCAACAUUCUGAACAUUUUGGAUCCACUGAUGGUCAUCCAAAGGAAAUCGCCGUACAAGGAAAUCGUCAGGAACGCAGCCCUUCGGAUGCACGAGACCGGGUUAAAGUACCGGGAGGAGUAUCGGUUGUAUACAGAGAGGCCGCAAUGUCAGGGGCAGACUGGUUUCAUCAGCAUCGGGUUCACCGAAUGUUACUUCGCGUUAGUCUCGAUGGGUUACGGGGCCCUUUUCAGUCUGGCCGUGUUCACGCUCGAGCUGCUCUGGCAGAAAAAACGGCCGUUAUUGACGAAAGCGAACGACGGGAGGAAACCGAUCGUUGUCGAUAAAUGAAUGGACAUACUGACCAAGCGGCGU